AUGCCAGGUUUUAUCACCGCUGGAUUUAAUAUUUUCUACAAGUACCAUGUCUGCAAACAUAAUCCUUCGAUCGGUGCUGGCAUGUGCUGUACCCGUGGCAGCGCGACCCAAGUUCGGAAACUUAGGCCUAAGACCCGCGGCGAGUCUCCUGGGCGGGAUAUGCUGUCUUGCGCUCCCUCGGCCUUUACUUCUCAUGAGAUACCAGAUCACUCAAACAAACGCCAGGAAUAA